GGUUCUGGGGGGUGAUGGGAGAGGUCUGGGAAGGGGUCUGGUGAUCCAGGGGUGCGCUAGGGAGGGACACAUGGUCUCUGGAGGCGGGGGGUUGGGGAGCCCGCGGGGGAGAGAUGAGCUGGAGAAGGGGCACAGGAGGCUCUGGGGAGCCAGGGGCUGAUGGGGGAGGCAGCAACCAAGGAGUAGGACGGGGGCUGGAGUGGGGGACAUAAGGGUGGAGCUGAUUGAGUGGUAAAAGCAUAAGAGGUGGGUCGGGAUGAGAGGAUGAAAGAUGCAAGAUGGCUUAAGAGAGUCAGUGGAAAGAGAGCCAGGAGAUGGUGGAGGUAGAGCCAGGAGUCCUGGAGAGAAGAUGACUUUGGGGAGCCAAGGGGGCUGGAGAUAGGGGUUGAGGUGAGAGCUGGGGAGCCAGAAGAUGAUUGCAGGAGGGCAGCUGGAGCCAUGGGACCAGGGGCAAAAAUGGAUUCUCCAGAAGUAACAGAGUUGCAGCAAGAAGUGGUGGAGGAGUUGGGGAUCUCUAUGGAAGAGCUCCAGCAAUUCAUUGAUGAGGAGCUGGAGAAGUUUGAGUGUGUGAAGCAGCGGAAACAGCAGCUGGAAGAGCUGGAAAAGAGCGUGGAACGGAAAGAAGCAGAAGUUGCCUAUGUCGACCAGCUCUUUGAUGAUGCUUCAAGAGCCAUUGGUAAAUGCGAGAUACUGGUAAAAGAUCUCUACUCCAAGCUGGGCCUUCAGUAUCGUGAGAGCAGCUCUGAAGAUGAGGACUCAGCUUCCAAGCCCACGGAAGUGAUCGAAAUCCCAGAUGAGGAUGACGACGAUGUUAUGAGUAUUGAUUCGGGUUGGAAGCACAGUGAUACAAGUAACCGAAUCUCAAAGGAUCAGACGCUGCUUCGAGAAGCCAUGGCUGCGAUGAGGAAGUCUGCCCAAGAUGUUCAGAAAUUUAUGGAAGCUGUUAACAAAAAAACAAACACCCAGGACCUGCACAAAGAUGGGUUGUCCUCUCCACCGAGCUCUGUUGGCGUGUCCCAACAGGUGAGCUCUGCACUUGCUGGGGGUGACCUCAGCAAUGACGGUGACCUGGUGGUUGGUAUGCGUAUCCUAGGCAAGAAGAGGACCAAGACAUGGCACAAAGGAAUUUUGAUUGCAAUCCAGGCAGUAGGUGCUGGUAAGAAGUUCAAAGUGAAAUUCGACAACAAAGGGAAGAGUUUGCUUUCUGGCAAUCACAUUGCGUAUGACUAUCAUCCCUCUGCUGAGAAGCUCUAUGUCGGAAGCCGGGUCGUGGCCAAAUACAAGGAUGGGAAUCAAGUCUGGCUCUACGCUGGUAUUGUGGCCGAAACACCGAACAUGAAGAAUAAACUGAGGUUCCUGAUCUUCUUCGAUGAUGGCUAUGCGUCUUACGUCACUCAGUCGGAGCUAUACCCGAUCUGCAGGCCACUAAAGAAGACCUGGGAAGACAUAGAAGACGUUUCCUGUCGUGAUUUCAUAGAGGAAUACAUCAGUGCCUACCCAAACCGUCCCAUGGUAUUGCUGAAGAGUGGCCAGCUGAUUAAAACAGAAUGGGAAGGGACCUGGUGGAAGUCCAGAGUGGAGGAAGUGGAUGGCAGUCUGGUCAAAAUCCUCUUCCUGGAUGACAAACGCUGUGAAUGGAUUUACCGCGGUUCCACGCGUCUGGAGCCUAUGUUCAGCAUGAAAACCUCCACAGCCUCCACUCUGGAAAAGAAACAAGGAGGGCAGAUGAGGACUCGUCCCAAUGUUGGUGCUGUGAGGAGCAAAGGGCCUGUAGUACAGUACACACAAGAUUUAACAGGAACCAGCACCCAGUUUAAACCUAUAGAACAAAUCCAAGCAAUGUCUAUAGCUGCACCGUCUGUUUCCCCACAGCCAGCUGAGAUGGAAAGCCCCGAAAGUCAGCUGGCUCAGUCCAGAAAGCAAGUGGCUAAGAAAAGCACGUCCUUCCGUCCUGGCUCUGUGGGGUCUGGGCACUCUUCGCCUGCUUCUCCUGUCCUAAGUGAAACUCCUCCUAUGGGAAAAGCUGCAGUGAACCAGCAGUAUCGUGGAAGCUAUUCCAGUGGCCAGCCAGGCAGCAGUGCAGUGCAGCCAUUCCACGGCAUGAUGGACCGGGUGCCCAAUGAGCCCUCAUACCGGGCCCCGAUGGAGAAGCUUUUUUACCUGCCUCACGUCUGCAGCUACGCCUGCCUGUCACGGGUCCGCCCCAUCCGGAGUGACCAGUACCGCAGCAAGAACCCCCUCCUCAUCCCACUUCUCUACGACUUCCGGCGCAUGACUGCCCGCCGCCGCGUCAACCGCAAGAUGGGCUUCCACGUCAUCUACAAGACGCCGUGCGGGCUGUGCCUGCGCACCAUGCAGGAGAUCGAGCGCUACAUCUUCGAGACGGACUGCGACUUCCUCUUCCUGGAGAUGUUCUGCCUAGACCCCUACGUGCUGGUGGACCGCAAGUUCCAGCCCUACAAGCCCUUCUACUACAUUGCAGACAUCACCAAAGGCAAGGAGGACGUGCCGCUGUCCUGUGUCAACGAGAUAGACACCACCCCUCCUCCGCAGGUGGCGUAUAGCAAGGAGCGCAUCCCAGGGAAAGGAGUCUACAUCAACACCAGCUGGGAGUUCCUCGUGGGCUGUGACUGUAAAGAUGGUUGCAGAGACAAAUCGAAAUGUGCCUGCCACCAGCUGACAGUCCAAGCGACAGGCUGCACCCCCGGUGGGCAGAUCAACUCCAAUUCUGGCUACCAGCACAAGAGGCUGGAGGAGUGCCUUCCCACAGGAGUCUAUGAAUGUAACAAGAGAUGCAAAUGCAACACGAACAUGUGCACCAAUCGCUUGGUACAACAUGGACUCCAAGUCAGACUCCAGCUAUUCAAGACUCAGAACAAAGGCUGGGGAAUCCGCUGCCUUGACGAUAUUGCCAAGGGCUCUUUUGUCUGCAUCUAUGCAGGGAAAAUCCUGACAGAUGACUUUGCCGACAAAGAAGGGCUGGAGAUGGGGGACGAGUAUUUUGCCAACCUGGAUCACAUUGAGAGCGUGGAGAACUUCAAGGAGGGCUACGAAAGUGAUGCCAAGUGCUCCUCCGACAGCAGCGGCGUGGACCUGAAGGACGAAGAGGAAGAGAACACCGGCACCGAGGAGCAGGAGGAGUCCAACGAGGACAGCUCCGACGACAACUUCUGCAAGGACGAGGAUUUCAGCACCAGCUCGGUGUGGCGUAGCUAUGCCACCCGCCGGCAGACCCGGGGCCAGAAGGAGAAUGGCCUAUCUGAGACAGCCUCCAAGGACUCUGGCCUCACCAGGCAGAUCAGCCAUGACGAGGUUGCCGUGGCCACCGCCUGCAAACUGCCCGUGUCCGAGGAGACCUCCAAAAACAAAGUGGCCUCCUGGCUGAGCUCCAACAGCAUGUCGGACAGCUUCCAGGACAACGAUAGCGCCUCCUCGUUCAAGAUGAAUGAGGCCAGCGAGGUCAAGGCAGGCAAAGUGGAAGUCCUGGGUGACAGGGAGAAGCCCUCCACCUCUGGGCUUGGAGGCAAGGAGGCCUUUGGCUUGGAUGCUGACUUGAAGAUGCAGAAGAAGGAGGAAUCUGAAGAGCCAAACAAGCUUUCGAUGGCAUCCGAGACAGGCAAGCUGUAUGGCUAUAAUCCGAGCCCCAUGAAACUCGAGGGGAUCCGGAGGCCACCAAGCAAGACCAUCAUGCAUCAGAGCAAAAGGCACUUGGCUCCUCCCCAGCAAGCAGCUGACGAUGUGCUAACGCUGUCAAGUAGCACGGACAGCGAGGGGGAGAAUGGCCAGCCGGCAGCAGGACAAGCGCAAGGCAACACAAAUGAUAGUGAUGACAUCCAGACUAUUUCCUCUGGCUCAGAGGAGGAGGACAUCGACGAUAAAAAGAAUUCCUCUUCCGGUCUAGGCCCUGUUAAAAGGCAAGUGGCAGUGAAGUCCACACGGGGUUUUGCCCUCAAAUCGACUCACGGGAUUGCCAUAAAGUCGACCAACAUGGCAUCAGCUGAGAAGGGGGAGAACAUGCCAGUGCGCAAAAACACCCGACAGUUUUAUGACGGCGAAGAGUCCUGCUAUAUUAUUGAUGCCAAACUCGAAGGGAACCUUGGCCGUUACCUCAAUCAUAGCUGCAGCCCCAACCUGUUUGUGCAGAAUGUCUUUGUGGACACGCACGAUCUCCGUUUCCCCUGGGUUGCCUUCUUCGCUAGCAAGAGGAUCCGAGCCGGGACUGAACUGACCUGGGAUUAUAACUACGAGGUGGGCAGCGUGGAGGGCAAGGAGCUCCUUUGUUGCUGUGGUGCUAUCGAAUGCCGAGGCAGGCUGCUCUGACCACGCUGGUGCCUGCCUCGUGAAGGACAUGGGCUGCUGGCCCUGGAUUCCCCAGGGCUCCAGUUAUUCUGAGCCAGAAAAAGGUUGAUUCUCAACCCCAGGCAUUGUCCCUCCCCUUCCUGCACAGCCCUUUGUGAGGGUGACAUACUGUAUUUCAUCUUGAGCUGUUUCUAAUUACACCGAUUUGUAAUUUUAGCUGUAACAAAGCUGGUUACAUAACUCGGUGCUGCCCCGUUCACUUGAAAGUAUGCCCACAGGUGCACAGACCACAGCACUAUCAGGUGAACCCGGGGUAGCUUGGCUGUGUGUGUAGGGCUGAGAUGGACAGUAAUGUUCCCAGCGAGUGACUGACUCACUGCUCAGGCAUUCAGCUAGCUGCAGAACUUAGUACCUGUCAGUGACAACUCAAUUCAAGCAUGAAACACAUGAGGCAGGCAGUACAGAAGGGUCCCCUGCUUUGCCAUCCUACAGCCAGCCUCUGUUACACGUGAGUCUGCCAUGUCAAAUCCCCCAUCCCCCAAAAACUAGGCAACUACAGUUAGUGAUAAGAGGGCACCAAUUCUAUUUCAACAAAGAGAAGCAUUUCAGAGAGGCAGGGGUAGAUCAUCCCAUCCAGGAACCGUAUUGGGAUUUCCGUGGGGUAUCGCUGAACAUGCCGGUAAGGCCCUGGGGGCGUGAACCAAGGUUGGAGUUAAAUCAAAACACUGAGGUGUUCAGAAGGAAGGAGGUGUCUGGUCUACUGUCUCUGACUUGGUCGUUUUGUAAAAAAAAAAAAAAAAAACAGACCCAAAAUCAGUGCCCCCACCCUGCAUUACAGCAGGAACUUGAAAGGGGCUUGUGGCCUGCUUUUGGGAAAGCAUCACUUCCGGGAGAGGAUUUAGACAGAGGCAAGCUGUGAGCACAUGGGCUUUGCCUAGGAAUUGGACACUGGGAACUGCAAUCACUGGUUGGUUAGUGAACAAACCCAGGUCUUUAAGGUACUGCCAAAGCCAUUAUGGCUCGAACUGUGUGAGGCUUCUCUACAGCUGCUCCCAGAUGAUACAAACAUGGAGAGAAUAAGAUCAAACUUAACUGUAGCAAGGGAGGCAGUACCUACCCGCACUUAUAAACUACUCAAAGCAGGCAUGGUUGUCUCUGCCCAUAACUCCUCUGAGUUCAGGAGACCUAGACCAAAGCUGAUACAAGGCGGUUAGUUCCUAUAACUGGAGUAGCCAUGUUGAUCCCAGGGUAUGAGUGUGUCAAGGCGGGUGAGGUAAUAUUUUAUGGGACCAACUUCUCUCACCCUGUCUAGCUAGAGGAAGCAAGAAGAGUAUGAAACGAGUGGUUUUGGAGACUGGUGCUCAGCUACACAACUGAGGCUGCUUAGAUUGUUCUAGGGUUACGUUAUAGCUCUAUCAAAUAGACUGUCUUCUGCAGCACCAGGACUAUUGCACACGAUUCCACCUGCCAGGUGAAGGCACACUGCCUCUUAGAGCUUUGCGUGACAACUGCCCUCCUCAGGGCAGGGCAUGUCCAGUUCCUUCGCCAAGCCUUCCCUGUGGCUAGAGAUGCCAGGGCACAUAGCUCACAAUGGAAACAAAUCUAAAAAUAGCUGCUCAGAGAAUGGUGCAGAUGCAGGUUUGCAUGAGGAGCUUGAUCUCCUGGGGAUGGAAACAAGCUCCAGAGGCUGCUGCACCCCAUCCACACAACCUGGCUUUAGCAGGGUGAACAAUCUCAAAAAACCCGAGCUCCUUAUGUCUGGGGCACUACAUGUGUACUCAAGGUACAAAACAGCGAGUGUCUUAGUUUUAAUGAGGCUGUCUCCUCCUUAAAUGCCUUUCAACGAGGGUAUCUAGCAAUGGAAACUGAAGUGGUAAAAUCCAAGUCACUUUCAAAGUGACAGUAACUAAUUCGAGUGGGGCAUGGGCUGCUAGAGGGGCAAAUACCCACUGCCAGGCUCCAGCUGACACUGGCAGGAGUAGGCUUGGGCCACUGCCAUGUAAACAAACACGUAGCUUGUGGGGUUUCUCAGGGGCCAGGCUAAGCUUUCGAAGACCAAGGGUUGAAGCUAAAAGUUGCUCCUUUCCUUAAAGCAAAUGUAUUUUUAGGCCUCUUCUUGCAGGUGGAGGUGCUGUAGCCUCUCCAGGUCCCUGCACAUCCAAAGGGGUUGAAUGACUUCCUUGGAAGGGGUCUCUCAUUAAACUAAACCCUGAUUACAAAGAGAUGCUGGUGGUAAAGUGCAGGUUCUAGUGCUGCAUGUUUAGCUUAACACACUUUGGACCGUGGGCAUUGUCACCACAAAUCUGUCAGAACCACCCAGUCAGCACAUGGCACCUGCCAGAGCCUCUGAGGAGAUCCCUAGGCACCAGCUCUCCAACCACAGCAAUGGGCACAGGCCAGUCUGAGUUCACCAAACCAAGCUAGGGGAAGUAAACUGGCCCAGUUGCUCCCUCUUUCUAGCCUGCAGCAGGCCAGCUUAGGGCCAGACCAUCCCCACCCUGCAAGGCCCUGAGCUAUGAAGAGCAUCAGGUGCAGGCCCUUCUAGUUAGAAAUGGAUGGGUCAUGGGAACUGAGGGUCCCUGGACCAGCAAAGGGGGUCACUCCUGGGCAGAGAGCUACUACAUAUGGGUGGAGAAAAGGAACUCCACCCUUGCUAAUGGGCAGAGAGUUCAGCCAUGGCUUCUGAAGUCUUUUACAGUAAUUACCUUUCCUAGGACAUCUGAAAGCUCCUCCGCUCGCUGUCUCUGUCCAUUUGAGGGGUUGCAUGGGAAUCUUGUAGUGCUAAUGGAGAAGUGCUAAUGAAUAGCAGAGUUAAAUCAGUGGCUUGUUCCUCCCAAGCUGUCCAUAGCCACACUCGUAUUUCAACAGUGUAGCCUCAGAGGGGCUGUAGCAGGUGGCUUUUCUGGGAAGUGGGAGGCCAGUUGUGUUUAAAAAUAGGGCAGUAGAAAGCAUGUAAAGAUCUAAACCCCCCUCUCUAAGCAUUCCACACCCCCACUCUGGGCUUGGUUCACCCAAGUGUUCAGGCUCUUAAAUAAAGGCCACUUUCAGAAGUUCCCCACCCCUCCCAGUGGGCCUCAUCCAGGUUUCCAGGAGACCUCAAAACCCAGCAUGCUGAGUGAGUGCUUUUGAAAAUCUGGCUUAUUCUGAUGCCUUAAAAAUGGGAGCUGAUCCCUGGUAGCCUUGGGAUGCUGGUAGUGACCACGUUACCACCACAAGAGGACACUCCUGAGAAAACCACACCAGCUCAAGUCUAGCAAGAGUGGCACAGCUGAUAUGAAAGCUGCCCCAUGUGUUUCACAGUGAUCCAAACCCCUCAGAUGGGGGGUGGGUGGGAACAGGGUGACACUCCAACAGAAACCACCACGUCUGUUUUUACAGAAGUUUUAGUUUUAUUUAACUUUUAAUAAAUUUUAACUUUUAAAAAACACAACAUUUUGGUCUGAAGUUAGGUUAAUGGUCCUUUUCUCCAACCCCUCUGUCUAGCCUGGAAAGUUACACUGCCUUCAGCAUUUCAGCCCCCACCGAAUCUGUUUUUACAUGAAAGACUCUCUGCGGUCCAGUUCCUUUUUGUACUUAGUCCUAGCUUUAAAAAAAAUAAAUAGAAAAAAAAAAUCA